UGAGUGGAGGCGGGGCGUGGAGCGGGUCACGUGGGGGCGGCGCGGGGUGGCUGCCGGGAGCUGGCUGGGCCGGAGGCCGUGGGGCCGGCUCCCGCUGCGAGGAAUGGAGCUGCCGGCCGUGUAAUGGCCAUGCCGCCCGGGCCCCGGGCCUUCCUUGCUCCGCGCCCCGGCCGCCGCGCCCUUCGUCCGCGCGGGCAUGGUGAACCUGGCGGCCAUGGUGUGGCGCCGGCUCCUCCGGAAGAGGUGGGUGCUCGCCCUGGUCUUCGGGCUCUCGCUCGUCUACUUCCUCAGCAGCACCUUCAAGCAGGAGGAAAGGACAGUGAGAGAUCGGAAUCUCCUCCAGGUUCAAGACCAUGACCAGCCCAUUCCAUGGAAAGUGCAGUUUCACCUAGGGAACAGCAGUCGGCCCGGCAACCAGUGCCGGAACUCCAUUCAAGGGAAGCACCUCAUCACGGAUGAGCUAGGGUACAUUUGUGAAAGGAAGGAUUUGCUGGUGAACGGCUGCUGUAACGUCAACGUCCCCGGCACAAAGCAGUACCGCUGUGACGGCUGCUUGCCCCACGGCUGCUGCGGCGCCUACGAGUACUGCGUGUCCUGCUGCCUGCAGCCCAGCAAGCAACUUCUCCUGGAGCGCUUCCUCAACCGGGCAGCCGUGGCAUUCCAGAACCUCUUCAUGGCCGUCGAAGAUCACUUUGAAUUGUGUCUGGCCAAAUGCAGGACCUCAUCCCAGAGCGUGCAGCACGAGAACACCUAUAGGGACCCCAUAGCCAAAUACUGCUAUGGAGAGAGCCCUCCCGAGCUCUUCCCUGCGUGACGGGCACAGAAGGCAAACCAGGCACCACCGGAGAGCUUGUGGCCUGAAGCCACUCUCCAGCGUUCUCUAGUCCACUUGGAAGAAGAGAGGCAUCGCGCCGGAGCCUUGGCUUUGACCAUCUCUUGUGUUGUACUCUGUGGCCUUGCUCUCCGCUGGGCUUUACCCCAUGGGACGGUUCUGUAAAACAGCUUGGAAACAACAGCGGGUCACGUUCAACAACAAACUGCAGGCGAGCUUGCGGAGCUGUUGGCGCUCUGGGGCACCUCUCCCAUGGCAGACUCAUCGAACCCUUCCCUGUAAAGUUAUUUAUUGGAUUCCUUCGGAAUAGUGGGAAAGUAGUAAUGUUUUAUAUAGGACGAUGCCUUGCCUUGAUAGUUGAAUAUAUUCAAGGAAAUUGUUGUUGUUGUUGUUUUCUUGUAUUCUUGAGUUUGAUGAGUUAAGUCAUCCUUCCCCUGGAUAAAAUGUUUGGCCUCUUUGAACGUGUGUGUUCUCUCAAGGUAGUUAUUUGGGUUUUGUUUCAACAGCACCUUCAGGAGUGGGCCCUGGACACUGUAUCCUGACAUCUAAAUUUGUCACCAGCUCAGAGCCACUCUUCCCCAUGCCGGCUUCCCUGCAGGCGCCCUCAGCUUUUCCCGUAGUGGCAUUUGAAUCUGCUUACAUACCUGUGCGCGAGCACUGUUGGAACCAGAAAUUCCAGCUCACUGUUCUGCAGGAUUUUGUUCUGAUGUCCCGCGCCACUGUCGCCGCCAUCGCAGGCUGCUCAGCCGUGUGUGGUACGCUGGGAGCUUCGGGAACACCGCCGGCAGCCCUCUCUUCUCUCCUGUCAUGGAAAACUGGUGUUAAGGGGAUUCCUAGGUGAAGAUACAUCUAGAAGCUGGCUGUAAGCAGUCAUCCUUCACUACUUUCAGCUUCCGGAUAUGUAACAGGUUCAGACCUUCAGUUUCCUGAUGAUUUGCAAAGAAGAAAAAAACCCAGGUUUCUGUCAAGGUGCUGUGCGAGAGUUACUGGUGCCUCAGUGGGGCGAGUCUGUGAAGGCCGGGCAUGCUGGUUGCUGGUCCGCGUGCUUGAGGCGCCCCUCUGGGUUUCUAGUAUGACACUGAAUCUUGUGGGCUCGACAUCCAGAGUAUUUGGUCCCCCUCUCAAGACACCCUGCCCCUCAAAUAGUAUGGCUCUUUGCUCUCAGGAGACCUGGGCACGUAACUCUUUCCUGGAGCGAGCCUCUCCAUAACCCCCGGGAUUGGGCAAGGUCUUUUUCCUUUUUUGAUUGUUUAAGCUGUUGACCUUGGAGCAGGGCAGUAGUUUUCCAAUCCACUUUUGACGUUUUUUUUUCAGUAGGGUUUUUUCUUUGGACCAUGUUUGCCUUCCAUUAUGUUUCUGCAAUAUGGAGCAGUAAUUGCCCUUAACUUUCUCCUGUUAGUUCUACAUCUCUUCCCAAAGUGGUGUGUCACUCUAAAUAAGCUUUCUCUGAGAGCUGUCUGGCGAUUGUUUUUUAAUGUUUCCCCCCCCAACAUCUAUUUAGUUUGCAUCGGACUUUUUGGAUUCUAGGUACAUUCAUGGUGCUAAAUCAAACUUUGUAUGUGAAAGAAAUGUGCACGUCUGGAUGUUUUACCAUCUCAUUCUUUUUGGUAAUUCAGUCUGGUGUAUGUCUGUCUCAUGUGGGUUAUCACUGUUAUCAGCCUCCUCUUGGAACUCAUUUAACUUUUGAACAGUGUAACAGAGACUUAAUGUGAAAAUGGCUUUAUAUCAAA